GCCCAAGCAACUGGCCCAGCCCAGGCCCACCUUCCUCAACACCAGCAGCUUCCCAUUCUGGCCUGCUUUCCAUCCACAAACUCUACCACUGAAGCUGAUGGGAGCUGCAGGCAUUCAGCGCCUUUGAACAUCAGGUCACUUUUUGCUUGCUGGCAGACUUGUCUGAGGAUCUGACAGAGGCGAAGCACAGGGACUACCCAGAAGAACACAGGCAGAUCAGAAUCACGCCUCUCCUGCAGCAAUGGGCUGGCUGGAAGCAUCAAACUGGCAGCUUCACGUUUCCUUGAUCGUGCUACUCUCCAUGCACACGAAGGCCAAUGGUGAGAGUACGGUACCUGCUCCUACCCAGAAGCCACUGCAGUAUCGCUGUAAUCGCCACUGUAGAGCGGACUCAAUCAACAGCACCUGCAGGACUGAUGGUGUCUGUUUCACCACAGUAGAAGAUGAAGAUGAAUCUGGAGGAUGUACAAUUGCCUCAGGAUGCCUAUGCUUCGAAGGCUUAGACAUCCAAUGCCGGGAUGUGCUCAUAAUACAUGAUAGAAGAACUCUUGCUAUUGCAUGCUGCAGAGACAAAGAUUUCUGCAAUGAAAACCUUCACCCAACGCUGCCACCACUGAGAAAUAGAGAUUUUGUUGAAGGAAACGUUCGCCAUAGGGCCUUGCUGAUCUCAGUGACCGUUUGCAAUAUACUCCUGGUACUUCUCAUCAUAUUCUGGUACUUCAGGCAUAAAAGGCAAGCAACCAGAACUCGUUUCAGCAUUGGACUUGAACAGGAUGAGACUUACUUUCCUCCAGGGGAAACCCUGAAAGACUCAAUUGAACGGUCUCAGAGCACAGGAAGUGGGUUUAGUCUCCCUCUGCUGGUCCAAACGAAUAUAGCAAGGGAGAUUGAGAUGGUGAAACAGACAGGUACAGGUCGCUAUGGAGAAGUUUGGAUGGGAAAGUGGCGUGGAGAAAAAGUAGCUGUAAAAGUGUUCUUCUCCACUGAGGAGGCCAGCUGGUUGAGAGAGACCGAAAUCUACCAGACUGUCCUGUUGAGGCAUGAAAACAUUUUGGGGUUCAUUGCUGCGGACAUUAAAUGUACAGGGUCUUUGACCGAACUGUAUCUUAUCACAUACUACCAUGAGCAUGGCUCCCUGUAUGAUUAUCUGCAAUCCACUCCCUUGGAUCCAAAAGCCAUGCUAAAUCUGGCCUAUUCGUCUGCUAGCGGCUUGUGCCACUUGCACAUGGAGAUCUUCGGGACUCAAGUCAAGCCAGCUAUUGCCCACCGGGAUCUGAAAAGUAAGAACAUCCUAGUGAAAAAGGAUGGAACCUGCUGUAUAGCAGACCUGGGCUUGGCAGUUAAAUGGUUUAGUGAUAAAAAUGGGGUGGACGUACCACGUAACACUCGGGUAGGAACAAAGCGCUAUAUGCCUCCUGAGGUGCUGGAUCAAAGCUUGAAGAGGAAUCACUUCCAGUCCUAUCUCAUGGCCGAUAUGUACAGUUUUGGACUCAUCCUUUGGGAGGUAGCAAGGAGAUGUGUGUCAGAAGGAAUAGUUGAAGAAUACCAGCUUCCAUACCAUGAUCUUGUGCCCACCGACCCCUCCUGCAAGUACAUGCGGGAGAUCGUGUGCAGCAAGAAGCUCCGUCCCUCAUUACCCAGUAGAUGGAGCAGUGACGAGUGCCUGAGACAAAUGGAAAAACUCAUGAGAGAGUGUUGGGCUCACAACCCUGCUUCUCGGCUCACAGCCCUGCAAGUAAAGAAAACACUUGCCAAAAUGUCAGAGUCACGGGACAUUACAAUCUGAUUCAACAAAAGACAUCUCUGGCGAAAGCCCAUACAAAACGACUUUCCCUUGUGGUCAGAGGACACGAAGAGAAAUCAGAAACAUUCACUAAUAUGGAUCCUGAACACAGUCAUGCUUCAGAGCAACUGUAGAUUUAACUAACAUCUUUUGAGGGGAGGAGCCUUUGCAAAAUCAGCAGCCUUUGACACACAAGAUCAGAAAAGGCUCGUCUGCUCCCUGUUUGCCGGGGGAACUACCAUUUCAGUAACUGGUUUAAGAUUAUGCAUGUUGCUUUCUGUAAAAGCCCAUUAUUUUUAUUUUAUUUUAUUUUUGAUUGUUUAAAAGAAGACACUGUUUUAAAUUUUUAUGAAAAGGAAACUUAUCGUGAGAAGUAAAGACCUAUAUUGUUACAUUAAAAAAUCGGAAGAAACUUUGCCUGAAGAUGAAAGUAAAGUGACUUUUUUUUAUUUAUAAAAAGAUAUGCAUGCCAACAAAAAAACAAAAAUAUUGAGGAGCAGCUCUGAAGUUAAAAGAAAUUGUCCUAAAAGCUGCCUUCGUAUGGAGACUACUUUUCACAGUCCCGUGUGUUCUCUUCUCUCGGUGUAGAUGUACCCUGGUUAGAAAGAUUCCCUAUGUAAAGAUACUACUUUCUUGAUUUUCUGCCUGUGGCCUGUCACAGGCAGAACUUACUGAAUUGAAGAUAAGCAGAAGCCAUGUAGCAAUGGCAGUUCUGUGCGCCUUGUGGUUUUUUAUACACCCUUUGUAUUUCUGGUUCCGUUAGGUUCUAGGAUAACCCAAAGCACAUAUUUUCUAGCCUUUUUUACUGAAAAGUAAAGAAUUUUGAUAUGAAAGGAACAGGUUCACUCAAGGACGAGUUUGGUUCAUCUUAACGGGCUUUCAUUUACCAGAGAAACCACUGGUGAGUGAAACUGCUGUGAACUGCACAUGAAAAUGUUGCAUAGGAGACACUUAUACACAAGACAAGUGAGAGUUCCCCUUCAGCAUGUGAAAGAAGCAUUAACACUUUUGGGAAAAAAAUGUCCCGUUUAUUCUGGGGGAUUAUUUGUUGUUACUUUUUUAAAUGUAGUGAGACUUCUUAACUUCCUGUUGAUAAGGACAGAGCUGCUGACAGUUGAUCAUGCAGUUUGGAUUUAUUUAGGCAGAAUUGGGCCCAGUGCUGCGUUUCUCUUUCAACCAAAACCUCUCGCUGCAGUCAGUGGAAGAGGUGAGGGCGAUCUGGUCCAAGCAUUCGCCCAUUAUAAAUUCCAUGGUUACUGCACAAAGAAACAUUAGUUCUUAGAGUCCCUUUUGAAACACUGUUUGAAUUAUUUCUUUAUUCUGACCAUUAUCAGGUCCUAUCACUUUUUUAAACAACCUAGAAAUGCAUAAAGAAUUCUUUUUCUAAAAUGCAUACAAGGAGUGACAUUUCUAACAUUAGGAAAACAUUUCCCACAAUAUGUUUUUCUUCUCCAGUUAUGUUUAAUAGAAGGUAUUUGGGAGAAAAUUAACAAAAGUCUGAGCUGAACGCGUUCAAAAAUCUGAGCGUAAAGUUCAUUCCCUAAAUCUGCGUUUAGAUGCAGAAACAAGAGGCCUGAUUUCCAAGAGUGCUCAUCCCUUUUGGAACAGGCCACUGAUUUUGAACACCUAACUAUGGAUUUAGAGCCUAAUGUUAGUCUCAUGGGUUUUUUUAAACCUUGGUGUGAAACUUUAGCGUUCUUGUUACUUUAAACAGCCUUUGCAGUAACCUCUGCAUCUAUGGGUGGCAUUGCUCAGUAAUGGAGUCUUCCAUCUGAGGACUUGUAAGUCAUAGUGCAUUCAU